AGGUCGCGCCGCGCGACUGGCCGCGCCGAGAGUAGCAAGUGCGCCGCCGGCCGGCGUGUAGUGUGUGCACUUAUGAGUGUGCACAGGUGCAGCAGCUUAUUACGCGUUUAGCUGGAAAGUGUGGGAACGUAGGCGCGCGUUCCCACACUCGGACGCACGGGGGAGGAGCCUCGGUGACGGCGGCGGGCCACCAAGCGGCUUCAUGCCCGCACAGUCGGCCCACCAUGCUGGCCCCGCAAGGACCCCACGACCUCCACGCGCCCAUUUCCAGGACGCAACGAUACAAAAAGAUUACUAAACCUCUGCUGGAGCGACAGCGUCGAGCACGCAUCAACCGAUGUUUGGACGAGCUGAAGGAGUUGGUCGUGACCGCCCUGCAAACUGAGGGUGAAAACGUCUCGAAGCUCGAGAAGGCAGACAUCCUGGAGCUGACAGUGCGCCACCUGCACCACCUCCAACAAGAAUCCAGUGGCCCUGAGGAGGACUGCCAGAAUCCAAAAGGACGCUUUGAGGCAGGGUUCAGCCAGUGCGCCUCGGAGGCGUGCCAUUUUCUUCUCAGUCUGCCUGGACUUGACCCUCAGAUUUCUCGCCGCAUUGUGGACCACCUUGGACAAUGCGCGGACGGUCUGCGUCGGCCGACUCCUCCGCCGCAGCAGCAACCGAUGUGGCGGCCGUGGUAGUGGCACGCACACAUACUCACAAAUUGGUCUCCUCUUUUUGAUCUCGUCAUGGGAAGCGGGCAGCGGCUCACGUCCAUUUGCGGCCUAACAAGAAGCAUCCGUCUGAUUGAUUUCUUCUCCGCUUUUUUCUUUCUUUCGCCGCUCGCAAUUUCAUGGUUUUCGUUUUUUCGAUAUGUUUGGAUUACGUAUAGAGUGUAUAAUGUUUUGAUUGCGUUGCGACGUGCUGGCUCCCCUCACACGUCGUGGCGUGUUUAUUAGUUUUUUUGUCACAUAUUAUUUCUCUUCAGAUGUUUACCGCACUUGAAAUAAUGUGCAACCACUACACGUUGAUGGAAUUUUAUUAUAUGUUUGCGAUGUAUAUUUGUAUUUGUGGAUAAAUAAAAAUGAGAUUUGAUAACUAA